CUUCUCCCUUCUCCCGGAUCCCCUCGUCCCCCACCCACCUCAUCCCCCUGCAUCCCCACUUCUCCGAUAGUGUCUCCUUCCUCCACCCCAUCCCCACCUCCACGGCUGCGUAAUCUUUCAUCCCCGGCCUCUCCCGUCCUCUAUACCAUGGCCUCGGGUUGCUGCUGCAUAUUUGGCUCGCGCAGAUCCACACGGAGCUCAACCCCGACGUAGGCCUCAUCCGACCGGGGUGACCAUGGGAUGGCCGGUCUACCACAAUUUCUCGCUGGAGGCCGCAGUGUACCCUAGUCGCCACUGGGAGAAUGUGUGUGCGUGCUGACAUAGCAGAGGCAGUGGCAGAGGGCUUCGGCGUGUCCACGAGUGAGAUGUGCGUGCGUGCAGCAACUGGGUAUCAAGUAGAGGUAAACCGCACAUGUUUUGUCAACUGGCUGCACAUGUGACGUUCUAUCAAGAUAUAAUUCAGUCAGGCCGCCCAAAAGGUGUCACCCCCAAGUUCAGCUUGAAGCCUCUUGUUCCACGCCUGCCUGAGCUCCUUGGACUUGAAGUUGUGAUGGCCCCUGACUGCAUUGGUGGAGAAGUUGAAAAAUUGGCUGCUGCUUUGCCAGAUGGCAGUGUUCUACUCUUGGAGAAUGUUAGAUUCUACAAGGAGGAAGAGAAAAAUGAUCCUGAGUUUGCUAAGAAGCUUGCAUCAGUUGCUGACCUUUAUGUAAAUGAUGCUUUCUGCACUGCACAUAGGGCUCAUUCUUCAACCGAGGGUGUAACCAAGUUUUUGAGGCCUUCUCUUGCUGGCUUGCUCAUGCAGAAGGUUUGGCAGCUAGUGUGUUAGUGGAGAUUGAAGUUUUUUAGCAGGAACUACUUUUGUCCGUAUAACUGCCUGAAAGAGGUGGCUAAGUGUUGGAGAUUAAAAUCAGCUAGUAGGUCAUUUUUUCAUGGAAGUCAUGUGGCUUAUAGAGCAGGGCAUUUUUCCAUGGAAGUCAUGUGGCUUAUAGAGCUUUCUAGAUAUACUUGUGAGUUUUUCCUAUAGAGCUCUUGUUGGAACUCUGUAUUCUCAAGUGAACAAGUGAUAUUUUUGAAUGAAUAUCGUUUGGUUGUCAUGUUGUAAAGAGUGUUGCAUUGAG